UGAACAUUACCAAACCUACUUUCCAAACUAAAACUCAUACCCUAUCCGCCUCCAAAGUAAAGAAGUGCAAACUCUUCUUAAACAAAUACUACAGAUUUUACUCAAAGAGACAGACUACCAGUGAGAGUGAAGCCAAGAAGGAGCUGAUGAGGGAAUUAGAGCCCCCGACUAAGCAACAAGUCAAUGAUUUUAUAAGUAAUGUAAGCGAUUGGGGUUGUGUUUAGUCUUUUGGGCAAGUCAGGUGGGGGUCUAAGAAGAGGAAGAUGAGUGCAUGACCUUUGUUGGGGAAGAGGGGGAAGAGGAGAGAGGAGGGGAAGAGGUCAGGAAAUCUUGUAUCUGGGGGUGGUAGGGUUCAGACGAGGCAUAGAGUUGUGAAAUCGAACGCUUUAUCGCAAUUUAGUAUUAAUACAAGGAGGAUGAAGAGAAUUGAGAAAGAUGAUAGAAAGUAUCUAGACUUAUUCUCAAACAAAGAUGCGGAUAUCAGAAUCUAUAGACCAGAAAUAGUCAAAGAUGACCAUUAUAAUUCACUCAGCUCAGAGAGAAAGUCAGAGGUUCAUGAAAAUGCUCAAUAUAACAAAUUAAUCUCACGUUGUCAAAACAAAAGGAAGAAAUCUUCCGUCAGCCGGAAGAGGGUAGCAACUACGAAAAGGACAAGAAGGAGAAGGGACUUAUCCCUAUCCAAGAAUAGUAUAAUUGCUAAUAUUCAUAAACGAAGAAUUGGAACUUCUAAAGCAGGAAGGAACCAUAUUCGAACUAAUGCUCUGUUCAAUAAGAUUUUCACAAACAAGAAGGACCCAAAUGAAUGAAUUAAGACUUCAGAAGGUAUCUCUAAGGAUGAAUCUUCUACUCUUUUCAAAGUGACUUAUGAUUGCUCAAGUUUCUUCGGGAAUUAA